AUGUGUGGAUGUGCACCACAGAAGGAAGACGCAGCCACGAGGCAACGUUGUAAACUGAGCGAACUGUCAUCAUCGCUUUGGCGUGAUAUUUGUGCGAGUGUGCAUGAUCCACUGCAUCUGUGCUUUGGUGUCCAUCCCUUGCGGCGUGCCUGCGCCACAUGGUUCCUUUACUGUCCUCUUAUUUCCGUGCUUUUCCUUCCUCUUCUACUUAACCCCUCUUUUUUUUUUGCUCUUUUGCUUCUCUCCACGCUUGGCGAGCGUAGAAAGGAGGCGGGAGUUGCGGCGAUGGCUCUUGCCGCUUCUUCCCCUCUGCUCUACUCGCGCUACAGCGAGUGCGUGCCUCUCAUCGACCCCGUCAACCGCCCUUCGCGUGCCUCCUACGAGGAUCACCGAAACGACGGCGGCGCUAUAAAACAAUACGACGACGCCGACGACGAAAACGUAGCCUUUCUUUCUUCGGUUCAGACGCCGUCCGAGUUGUGUUUGGCCCUCGCGUGUGUCGCGCGGCGCCGUGAGGCCCUGCGGAGCAGCGAGCGGGGCCCGCUGCUCGUCUUUGUCCCGUUUCACGAGCCCCGGGACGAGGUGUUUGUCGAGGUUCCCGUUGCGGCCUUCGGCGACGCGGGGCGACGCCGGCGCGGGCUGCAGCUGCUGCCACUGAACGACUACUCCUCCCUCUGCGCCGACGCGAGGGAUGGACUUCCACCGCGGCGGGGUUUUUUUGUCACGUUCCGCACGCGUGCCGCCCAGCAGCGCUUUCGGGCCGCCAUGCAUCAGAACAUCCGCGGCUGCGCCCAGUGCGGCCCGCUCGAUGGCGGGCUCGCGGUGCCGCGCGCGAUGGGGCCUCCCACAGACGCAGCGGAGCACCGCACGAGGGAUAUGGGCUCCGUGCAGAGAGGAGGAGAGAGGGAUGGCCGUGCGGCAGCAACCACCUCGCAUAGGCUGGUUGCCCAACCGAAACCGGCGAGCGAGGCGCGUGGGGCGACAUCUUUUAUCGACAGUCUCCUGGCGGAGCGUGAUAGGCGGCGAGCGGAGUAUAUUGCAGGCAUUCAAGCCUCUCCGCCGGGGGAGACUCGCCAAGGCGGUGGUAUCGAAUUUAAUACAUGGUCGAGGCAGCAGCAGUCGCUGCAUCCAGAGCUGUGGAACGUGAUUGAUGGCGCCAUUGCACGCCAGGCAGAGGCGGAGUGGCGUGUAGGGCAUCCACGAGACGCCUCUCCGUCGUCGCACCAAAAUCCUCUCCCUCCUCCUCUUGCGGAGCGAGAGGCGCUUUUGCGCGAGCUGCGCACGGCCGUGGAGAUGUAUGACAAUAUGAGUGAUGCGCAGGGGUCUGGUGAGAUGAGUCUGAUGGGUGCGGCUCGCCAGUUUCUUCGCCAGCAUCAGAAUCAUCUUUGGCAGCUUCAACACGCUGCAGGUGCGCCGCCGUACCAGUCGGCGGUGGCAGUCUGUCAGGACGACCCCAAAACUCACCCACCGGUGCUGUCAGCGGCAGCAACGGCGCAGUCACCACUAACCGUGAACAGAUCGUCUGAGGAGGCGCUGCAGCCUCGCCACACUGACGCCCCCGAGCAGCGGGAGCCGCAAGACCCACUGCAGCAAACACUUCCAUCACCACCGCCGCUGAUGCAGCAAUCUGCUUUGGGGCCCGAGGAGGCGGAGGCAGAGGCAGAGGAAGGGCGCCGUUUGCAGGAGGAGCUGCAACGUGCCCGUGAGAUAGAGUCGCGUAUCUUGUCUUCCUCUCACGCUGCGUCUCCGAGCCUGUUGGCCUCCAAGGGUGUCUUUGGAAGGGCUCCGAAGACGUCUUGGCUCCCUUCUGCCUCGCUGGGGGUGGAUGCGGGGAAAGAAGAGGUAGCAAAAGAAGCUCAUGGCGGGGCAGAAAAAGGGGGAAGUGUCAACGCGGAGUUUGAGACCGCUGCUGUGACGUCGUCCUUGGCGCAGGUGGAGGUGCAGCCUGCGGGGGCGACCAGCAAGGCGGUGGCAGACGCACCGAAGAAGGAGGCCGAGGCAAAGUUCCGGCAGUGCGGAGCCGGGUGGAGGUCUGUGCUUGACCCUGCCAGCGGUAAAACCUACUACGUGCAUGUCGCGACAAAGAAGACUACCUGGAACGUUGAGGACACCUUCAAAGGUGAGCCGCAAGAAACUGGCGUGGGGGAAGUCGCGGCCUGUGGCGCCGAGUGGCGUGCGGUGGCCGACCCGAGCAGCGGCCGCACGUACUACGUACAUCGGAAGACCAAAGCAACAACGUGGAAGCUGGAGGAUACGCUCAGGGAGGAUGGCGGGACUUCCAGCGCGACCUUGACGUCUUCGCAGCAACCAGAGAAGAAGCAGCAAUUGACGGAGUGGGCGGAAAGAAAAGACCCCGCCACGGGCAAAGUAUACUAUUACAACAAGAAAACGAAGCAAACGACGUGGAAACGUGCGGAGACGGAUUUGGACCCCUUGUGA